AGAGCUCAGCAUCGAGAAGGAAAAACGAAGAUUUUCGAAGUAGAUAAUGCAAGAAUCUACAGAUGAAACUGAGGAAGCAGAUGAAGAAAUAGAGUUGCAUCCUCUCCAAUAAUUAAAUGGACGAUUCUAAGCUUACCACAGCUAUCACACUCCUCCUCCUUCUACCUACUCUUUGGUCAAUUUCAGCAGAAGCGACAGGCAUGGUAGCAGAGUUGAAGAAACAGCAAGACUUAGACGACGAGUCUUUUGUGGGAGUGAACAUCGGAACCGACGUCUCCAAUCUAUUGUCUCCGGCAGACCUCGUUUCGUUUCUUCAAUUGCAGAAGAUAACCCACAUCCGCCUCUACGACGCUGACAACGACAUCCUCCGAGCCCUCUCCGGCACCAAGAUCCGUGUCAUUGUUAGUGUUCCGAACAACCAGCUCAUCGCCAUCGGUUCAUCGAACACCACCGCCGCCGAUUGGAUCGCUCGCAACGUUGCAGCGUUCUAUCCUGAAACUCUGAUCACCGGCGUCGCCGUCGGCGACGAAGUCUUAACCACCGUCCCCUCUUCGGCUCCGCUUCUCUUGCCGGCAAUUCAAUCUCUCUACAGUGCUCUGGUUGCCUCCAACCUCCACACCAAGAUCAAGAUUUCCGCUCCCCAUUCUGCAUCUAUCAUACUCGACCCAUUUCCUCCAUCUCAGGCUUUCUUUAACCAAUCCCUGACAUGGGUGAUGCAACCAUUGCUUGAAUUCCUUUCGAGAACUGGUUCUCCAUUGAUGAUGAAUCUCUAUCCGUACUCCGUGUUUAUGCAGAACAAAGGGGUAGUGCCCCUGGAGAGUUCCCUUUUCAAACCCUUGACGCCGUCCAAGGAGAUGGUCGACCCCAACACCCUGCUUCACUACACCAACGUGCUGGACGCCUUGAUCGACGCGGCCUAUUUCUCCAUGAGGAACCUGAACACCACGGACGUGAAGGUGCUGGUGACAGAGACCGGGUGGCCGUCGAAGGGUAACUCGAAGGAUUCGUACGCCACCAUCGACGACGCAGACACUUACAAUUCGAAUUUGAUCAAACACGUGUACGACCGCAGCGGAACGCCGCUGCACCCGGAAAUGACGUCGAACGUGUUUAUAUACGAGCUGUUCAACGAGGACCAGAGGGCAACGCCGGCGGCGGAGGCGAAUUGGGGACUUUUCUACGGGAACAAGACGGCGGUUUACCUGCUGCAAGUGUCAGGGAACGGGACUUUUUUGGGGAACGAUACGACGAAUCAAACGUACUGCGUGGCCAUGGAUGGGGUGGAGACGAAGACGUUGCAGGCGGCGCUGGAUUGGGCAUGUGGGCCUGGAGAGGCGAAUUGCUCGGAGAUACAACCUGGGCAGGACUGCUACGAACCCAAUAAUGUGAAAAGCCACGCUUCCUAUGCCUUCGACAGCUACUAUCAGAAAGAAGGGAAGGCUGAAGGCUCCUGCGAUUUCAAGGGCAUCGGCAUGAUCACCACCUCUGAUCCCAGUCACGGGAGCUGUAUUUUUCCUGGAAGCGAGAAGGUAAGCAACAAAACAAAAACCUUGAGCAACAGCAUGGCCAGCAUGGAUAAAAGUGGUGCAGAGAUGUUGGGAUGGAGGAAUAUUUUCUUCACCAUAUGGGAUGAGGUCUUGCCCAUUUCUCUUCUGGGUUUAUUUCUUCCAUUGUUACUUAUCAUAUUUAUAGCUUGAGGUGAGGCAAUUAAGUAAAGGCGAC